AUGAAGAAUCUGAAUUUGCAAAAGGAUACGAACGGUGGUAACAGGGCGAAACUCGACAACCAUUGUCCAAAUUCAAUAUCGAUCAGUUCGAAGAAACAAAAGCACAAGGACAACGCGGCUUCGCCGUCCAGAUCGUCCAAGCCGGCACAGAGCAAGUGGAAGGGCAAGAUGGGACUGGACCCACUAAAGAUCAAGGGCCGGUGGACCGCAGAAGAGGACAGCAUCUUAAGUGAGCUGGUCAGGAAGCACGGGACCAAGAGAUGGAGGUUCAUCGCGUCUCAGCUGAACGGCAGAUUGCCGAAGCAGUGUCGAGAGAGGUGGUGCAACCAACUCGACCCCAACAUUCGCAAAGACAGCCUCACCGAAGAAGAGUGGACAGUCGUGAAGAAGAUCCAUGAUAGAUACGGCAACCGUUGGGCAGAGAUAGCUCGCCAAAUUCCUGGGAGAACAGCCAACCACAUCAAAAACCAGUGGAACACCAUGCUACGUCGGCUCUCUAUGGACGCCGACAACGAAUCUAUCGAUCGCCACGGUGAACACUCGGCCGAAUUUAACCGAAAACUGAGACUAAGGUCUUCUCCUACCCCUGUAUAUACCAAAACUAGCGAAUACUCCUCCGACGAGGACCAAACCAGCCAAAACGAUUUUGAUCCCCUCCCCUUCUCGAAAAAAAGCAAACUAGAUACGGACCAAGAACAAACGAGUUCCACUUCUCAAGACCACACCUUUUCACAAGGCUACAACCCCCCGGCAACCAGCGAUCAAUCAUUCGACAACUUCUCCGCCUUCACCGCCCUCGUAGACGCCAGCUGCGAAGUCCUGAACCAACAAACCCUCCUCGACUCCAACACCACCACCUCUACCUCCUCGGACCCCUCCACCUCACAAAUGCCACUUGUCAUCCCCACUCUCAUCUCCUCGUUCCACCCUAUGUACUACGUACACAACCCGCUCACAAAAAUGUACUCGCCUAUCGUCUACUCCCUCAACUCGCCCAUGAAAUGCAAUCCACUCCUCCCCCGCGUCUACUGA